GGCAGUCUGACGUUCACCUCGACUCCGCUUUCACCUGACCGAUCUUGCGCGAUCUCUUCGUGUCUCUGCGACAGUUUUCUCGCGUGAGUUUUUUUUUUCGCCUUCCUGUUUUGUGCGAUCGAGAAAAACGGAUGUGCCCGCACGUCGAGGGAAGACACGACCUGCGAAAGUAGGGAACAGUUUUCUUCCGAACGUCAUCCGAGAAAGCUGGUCCAGGAAGCGAGCCUGAAGCAUCUCCGUCGAGCGUCAUCCGUCGUCGACUAUGAGGAUACCCAGGAUAAGGAUUUAACAGAGACCGAAUCGUCCGCAAAAUGGCGAAGAAUCAACAUCAAAAUGGCAUAAUACCGGGCGGUGGCGCGAUGUCCGGACCGGAUGAUUUUUCGGAUGGUGAAAGCACUCCUCUGACUCAGGACUAUGUCGGAAGCCAACGCACGAUUGUCGAGACGAAAGGAUGGGACGUAUUCCGAAAUCCACCGCUGAAAACCGACUCCAUCUCGGGCUCCAUGGCGAACCAGAAGUGCCUGGAAAGAAUGGUGCAAAUGAUCAAGGUCCUCGUCUAUCUACUGGUUUUCGUCAUUGUGCUGGGAAGCGGCGUGGUCGCCAAGGGCACGAUCCUUUUUAUGACGUCGCAGCUCCAACGUGACAGAAAAAUAUUCUACUGCAACAGACAAUUAGAUCGGGAAAAUCAGUAUACCGUGACGUUGCCCGAGGUUGAGAGGAUCGCCUGGAUCUGGUGCAUAAUAAUUGCGCAGUCGAUACCAGAGUUCGGCGCGCUGAUGCGCAGCAUUCGCAUGUGCAUCUUCAAGUCGUACAAGAAGCCACAAUUGUCGCACUUUCUUCUGGUCUUCCUCAUGGAGACGUUUCACGUCGUGGGUUGUUCCUUGAUGUUCAUGGCGGUACUUCCGGAACUGGAUGUCGUCAAGGGGGCGAUGUUGACCAACUGUGUCUGCUUCGUUCCUGGAUUGCUGGGCCUACUUUCUCGUAACAAAAGCAAAGGUGAGUCCAAGCGAUUCGUGCUCGUUCUCGUCGAUAUCGCCGCCCUGGCCGCUCAGACGACCAGUUUCGUCCUUUGGCCGCUGCUGGAGAACUCGAAGCACUCCCUGUGGCUGAUUCCGGUCGCGCUUUUCCUCGUUUCCUGCGGGUGGUGGGAAAAUUACGUCUCCACGCAGAGUCGAAUAGGUCUGAUCAGAACUCUCGGCAGAGUGAAGAAGGAGAUGCGACUGACGCGUUACUUCACUUACAUGUUAAUAUCCAUCUGGAAGGUUGUGGCGUUCUUCAUUAGUUCGGUAUUGAUAUUGUACUUGAAAGGGGAAAACGUCGGCCAUCUCUUCACCAUGUUGAGUAGCGCUUUCAGCGAACACAGAAUCACGGUCACGUCCAUCAAGACGGCAGCAGGUGGAACUUUACCUGAUCUCUCGGAGAUCGUAACCGGCGACAUCAGCGAGAUCGUCAACUCUGACUUCAGCACGCCCAUCUACGUUCUUUUCCUGCAGAUCGCCGGCUCUUACUUUGCCUAUAUUUUCGGCAAAUUCGCGUGCAAGAUCCUGAUUCAGGGCUUUAGCUACGCGUUUCCGGUGAAUCUAACGAUACCGGUAUCGAUUUCGUUGCUGAUCGCCGCCUGCGGUCUUCGCAACAGCGAUCCAUGCUUCUUCCACGGCACCAUUCCAGAUUAUCUGUUCUAUGAAUCGCCACCGCCGAACUUCCUCAACGACUUUGUGUCAAAGCAGUAUGCCUGGGUGUGGCUGCUCUGGCUGCUGUCGCAGACCUGGAUCACCCUGCACAUUUGGACGCCCAAAUGCGAGCGUCUUGCAGCCACGGAGAAGCUAUUCGUGGUGCCGAUGUACAACUCUCUGCUGAUCGAUCAGUCGAUGGGACUGAACAGAAGAAGAGACGAUCAACCAGAAGUCAAAGUCGAAGAUCUGGCGGAGAUAGAGAAAGAGAAGGGCGACGGUGACUACGAAACAAUCUACGAGCAGACGGAUGGCUCGACGACACCUCCUUCAGCGGUGAAAAGCAGCGAUCACGUGACCAGGAUCUACGCCUGCGCUACCAUGUGGCAUGAGAACAAGGAGGAGAUGAUGGAGUUCCUGAAGAGCAUCCUGCGCCUGGACGAGGACCAGUGUGCACGACGCGUCGCCCAGAAGUACCUCAAGGUCGUCGAUCCCGAUUACUACGAAUUCGAAACUCACAUAUUCUUCGACGACGCAUUCGAGCUGUCAGAUCACGAUGAAAACGAGUCGCAGGUAAACAGGUUCGUAAAACUCUUGGUCGGCACGUUGGACGAGGCCGCGUCGGACGUGCAUAAAACGAGGAUGCACGUAAGAGCACCCAAGAAGUAUCCGACUCCGUACGGCGGACGAUUGGUUUGGACUCUUCCUGGAAAGACGAAGAUGAUCGCCCAUCUAAAAGACAAAAGCAAGAUCCGACACAGAAAGCGUUGGAGCCAGGUAAUGUACAUGUAUUAUCUGCUCGGACAUCGGCUUAUGGAAUUACCGAUCAGCGUCGAUCGCAAGGAGGUCAUCGCCGAGAAUACGUAUCUGCUGACACUUGACGGUGACAUUGACUUCCAACCGGCGGCGGUGAAGCUUCUCGUGGACUUGAUGAAGAAGAAUAAGAACUUGGGCGCCGCAUGCGGUCGAAUUCAUCCAGUUGGCUCUGGACCAAUGGUGUGGUACCAGAUGUUCGAGUAUGCGAUUGGUCACUGGCUGCAGAAGGCUACCGAGCACAUGAUCGGCUGCGUGCUUUGCAGUCCUGGAUGUUUCUCGCUGUUUCGUGGCAAGGCACUAAUGGACGACAACGUGAUGAAGAAAUACACGACCAAAUCCGACGAAGCGAGGCACUACGUGCAAUACGAUCAGGGCGAGGAUCGUUGGUUGUGCACGUUGCUGUUGCAACGAGGUUACAGAGUGGAAUAUUCGGCUGCAAGCGAUGCUUAUACACAUGCACCGGAAGGAUUUAACGAGUUUUACAACCAACGACGUCGUUGGGUGCCUUCCACGAUCGCGAAUAUCAUGGAUCUGCUGAUGGAUGCGAAACGCACGAUUAAGAUCAACGACAACAUCUCGCUACCCUACAUUUCCUAUCAGAUCCUUUUGAUGGGUGGCACGAUCUUGGGACCCGGCACGAUUUUUCUCAUGUUGGUGGGUGCCUUCGUGGCUGCCUUCAAGAUCGACAAUUGGACCAGCUUCUAUUACAACAUUAUCCCCAUCUUGCUUUUCAUGAUUGUCUGUUUCACGUGUAAAUCGAACGUACAGCUCUUGUGCGCCCAGAUCCUGUCAACAGCGUACGCGAUGAUCAUGAUGGCGGUGAUCGUAGGUACGGCUCUGCAGCUUGGCGAGGACGGUAUAGGUUCGCCCUCGGCGAUCUUCCUCAUAUCACUGUCGAGUUCGUUCUUCAUAGCAGCCUGUCUACAUCCGCAAGAAUUCUGGUGUAUUGUGCCCGGCAUCAUAUACCUACUAUCCAUUCCGUCCAUGUACUUGCUCCUCAUACUGUACUCCAUCAUCAAUCUUAACGUUGUAUCGUGGGGUACCAGAGAGGUGCAGACGAAAAAGACGAAAAAGGAGCUCGAGCAAGAGAAGCGCGAGGCUGAAGAAGCGAAGCGCAAGGCCAAGCAGAAGUCCCUACUUGGUUUCCUACAGAAUGGUGCGGGUACCAACGACGACGAUCAGGGAUCCAUUGAGAUAUCCCUGGCCGGUUUGUUCAAGUGUCUGCUCUGCACUCAUGGAAAACCUUCUGCCGAAAAGCAGCAACUUGUGGCAAUUGCAGAAUCCCUCGAGCAGCUCGGCAAGAGGCUCGAGACUAUCGAGAGAGCUGUGGAUCCUCACUCUGGAAGGAGAAGGGCUUCUUCGGUGGGUUCGCGAACCGCUGAUCAUCUGGGCGCCAUCGGCGAGGAUCCAGCCGAGGAUGACGAAGCCAGCGACACGGAAACAGUGACCAGUUUGAAUACGGAGGGUAAUCGUGAUGGCAGCAACUUCCUCACGCGACCGUAUUGGUUGAACGAUGACGGUUUGAAAAAAGGCGAAGUGGACGUUCUGUCGCUGCAAGAGGAGCAGUUCUGGAAGGAUCUUCUAGAAAAGUAUCUCUAUCCGAUCGACGAGGACAAGGCAGAGAAGGCAAGAAUCGCCAAAGAUCUAAAGGACCUACGCGACCAGAGUGUCUUUGCAUUCUUUAUGAUGAACGCCCUCUUCGUCCUGAUCGUCUUUCUGCUGCAAUUGAACAAAGACUUGUUGCACAUCAAGUGGCCAUUCGGCAUCAAGACGAACGUCACGUAUGACGCUAGCACUAUGGAGGUACACAUCACGAAGGAGUAUCUACAACUCGAGCCGAUCGGUCUCGUCUUCGUGUUCUUCUUCGCGUUGAUAUUAGUCAUACAAUUCACCGCGAUGUUGUUCCAUCGAUUCGGCACUCUGGCUCACAUCUUAGCCAGUACUAGCCUAGAUUGUUGCAAAAAGACGAAGGAUCUUUCCGAGGAAGCCUUACUGUCAAAACACGCGGUCGAGAUAGUGAGAGAUCUACAGAGACUGGACGGAAUGGAGGGCGAUUAUGAAGAAGGUAGUGGCAGCGGACCUGGUAGACGAAAGACGAUUAGAAACCUGGAGAAGAGUCGCAGGAAGACGCAGGCAAUCAACACGCUCGAUGUAGCCUUCAGGCAGCGAUUCUUCAGCAUGAACGAGGGCGCAGGUUUGCCGAGGAACAUGUCGACGCGACGCACCACCGAGGCAUUCAAGGCCUUCGAGGGUAGACGCAACAGCAUAAUGGCGAUGCGCCGGAAGUCGCAGAUGCAGACCCUGGGCGCGAACAACAUCUACGGCGUGGCCGGGAAUCCGCUCGGGAUCCAGGGUCGACCGUCCCGCAGCAGCCAGAUAUCCGUCAAGGACGUGUUCGAAGGACACGGGACCACGUCGGCGGCCGGACACGUGAACGCUGGCUACGAGGGCGACGACAGUCCCGUCAACAGCCUGAGGCUGCAGAAUCUCGGCAGUAGUCAGGUCACGUGGCGGGAGGCCAACUCCAACGUUUGAGCCCAUCGUGGAAGGUCGAUAAAGAAUUAGUUCAUUAGGUUGAAAAGAGAAAGGAAGAGCACAUUUCCGAAUCGCGUUUCCAAAAAUUUGGAAUUUCAAGCUUUUCACAAUUUUUUAUUAUUUCUUUUUUUUUGCUUUUAUGGGAUUAUAAGAUUCUAACGGAAAUAUAAAAUAUUUUUUAA